CCCCCCCCCCCCGCGCGGAUGAGCUCACGCGGUGCCGCAGCCCCGAGGGGGGGGUUUGCUCCUCGCAACAAGAUGGCGGCGGCGGCUGCAGCGGCGGCGGCGGCGGCGGCGGCGAGCGGCGCGGGGGGGCCCCCUCCGGCCCCGCGGCUGCCCCCGGCCCCGCCGCCCCCGCGGCCGCCGGGGCCCGCCCGCAUCGGCUACUACGAGAUCGAGCGGACCAUCGGCAAGGGCAACUUCGCCGUGGUGAAGCUGGCCACGCACCUGGUGACCCGCGCCAAGGUUGCUAUAAAGAUAAUUGAUAAAACGCAGCUGGAUGAAGAGAAUCUCAAGAAGAUUUUUAGAGAAGUUCAGAUCAUGAAGAUGCUUUGCCACCCACAUAUCAUCAGGUUAUAUCAGGUUAUGGAGACGGAGAGGAUGAUUUAUCUAGUGACAGAGUAUGCUAGUGGAGGGGAAAUAUUUGAUCACUUGGUAGCUCACGGACGCAUGGCAGAGAAGGAAGCUCGGAGAAAGUUCAAGCAAAUAGUGGCUGCUGUCAACUUUUGUCACUGUCGUAACAUAGUUCACAGAGAUUUGAAGGCAGAAAAUCUACUUUUGGAUGCUAACCUUAACAUCAAAAUAGCAGAUUUUGGGUUCAGUAACAUCUUCACGCCUGGUCAGCUGCUUAAAACCUGGUGUGGGAGUCCUCCCUAUGCUGCUCCAGAGCUCUUUGAAGGAAAGGAGUAUGAUGGCCCAAAGGUUGACAUUUGGAGUCUCGGCGUGGUCCUGUACGUGCUGGUUUGCGGCGCUCUGCCCUUCGACGGGAGCACGCUGCAGAAUCUGCGCGCGAGGGUGCUCAGCGGGAAGUUUCGCAUUCCAUUUUUUAUGUCCACAGAAUGUGAACAUCUGAUCCGCCACAUGCUGGUCCUGGACCCCAGUAAGCGGCUCUCAAUGGAACAGAUCUGCAAGCACAAGUGGAUGAAGCUCGGGGAGUCCGAUGCGGAGUUUGACAGGCUGAUAGCAGAGUGUCAGCACCUGAAGACGGAGAGGCAGAUGGAGCCGCUGAACGAAGAUGUGUUGUUAGCAAUGGCGGAUAUGGGGCUGGACAAGGAGCGCACAAUUCAGUCAUUGAGAGCCGAUGCUUAUGAUCACUACAGUGCAAUCUACAGCUUGCUCUGCGACCGUCUGAAGAGACACAAGAACCUGCGCAUUGCAGCAUCUCCAAGUGUGCCACGGACAAUGACCUUCCCCACCUCAGCUAACAUCCAGCAGACAGAACAGGCAGGCAAUACCUUGAGCAUCAAUGUGCCACAAGUCCAGCUCAUCAACCCGGAAAAUCAAAUUGUAGAGACUGAUGGAACGAUGAACUUGGACAGUGACGAAGGGGAAGAGCCAUCGCCUGAAGCUCUUGUCCGUUACCUCUCAAUGAGAAGGCACACGGUCGGAGUAGCUGACCCACGGACGGAAGUCAUGGAAGAUCUGCAGAAACUCCUGCCCGGCUUCCCCCGCGUCGCUCCUCAGGCUCCCUUCCUGCAGGUGACUCCGAAUGUGAACUUCAUGCACAACGUGCUGCCGAGGCAGAACCUGCAGCCCACGGGGCAGCUGGAGUACAAGGAGCAGUCGCUGCUGCAGCCCCCCACUCUGCAGCUGCUGAACGGCAUGGGCCCUCUGGGGCGGAGGGCGUCGGACGGUGGAGCUAACAUCCAGUUACACGCGCAGCAGCUGCUGAAACGUCCCCGAGGUCCAUCUCCGCUUGUCACUAUGACGCCAGCUGUCCCAGCUGUCACUCCUGUGGAUGAGGAGAGCUCCGAUGGGGAGCCAGAUCAGGAAGCUGUGCAGAGAUACUUGGCAAAUAGGUCAAAAAGACACACUCUGGCAAUGACCAACCCUACAGCUGAAAUCCCUCCAGACUUGCAGAGGCAGCUAGGACAGCAGUCCUUCCGACCCCGGGCUUGGGCUCCACACCUGGUACCCGAUCAGCACCGUUCUAUUUACAAGGACUCAAAUACCCUGCACCUCCCUACUGAACGCUUCUCCCCGGUUCGCCGCUUCUCUGAUGGUGCUGCCAGCAUCCAGGCUUUCAAAGCCCACCUGGAGAAGAUGGGCAAUAACAGUAGCAUCAAGCAGCUUCAGCAGGAGUGUGAGCAGCUGCAGAAGAUGUAUGGUGGGCACAUGGACGAGAGGACGCUGGAGAAGACACAGCAGCAGCACAUGUUAUACCAGCAAGAGCAGCACCAUCAGAUUCUUCAUCAGCAGAUUCAGGACUGUAUCCGGCCGCCUCAGCCAUCUCCACCUUUGCAAGCUCCGUGUGAAAACCAGCCGGCUCUGCUCACUCACCAGCUUCAGAGGUUACGGAUUCAGCCAUCCAGCCCGCCCCCGAACCACCCGAAUAACCAUCUCUUCAGGCAGCCGAACAGUAGCCCACCUCCUGUGAGCAGCAGCGUGCUACAGCCCCAUGGUGCAGCCUCCCAGUCCCAGUUCCAAGGGAUGCCGUCGCACAGCGCGAUCUUUCCGCAGUCUGGUAACUGUUCCCCUCCCCCGGCCAUGGGGCUGACGUGCCUGGGCCUGCAGCAGCAAUCGCAGCCGCAACAGGUCACUAUCCAAGUGCAGGAGCCCGGCGACAUGGUCAGCAACAACCUCCUGCAAGGGGCGUCUGGGGCAGGGCAGGGCCUGUCCUCGCACCCCCGGGGCAUGUCCCUCAGCCCCAGUGCCAACCAGCUGCAGAUGCAGCACCGCGCUAACCUGAUGGCCUCCCUCACGUACGGUCACAGGCAGCUGUCCAAGCAGCUCAGCGCCGACAGUGCCGAGUCGCACAGCCUGAACGUGAGCAGGUAUCCCCCCGCUAACUACGAGCAGGUGCACUUACAUCCCCACCUGUUCCCAGAGCAGCCUCGUGUUUCCCCCGGCAACUACAGCCCAUCGGGAGGAGUUGGGUUUCCUCCAGCUCAGCAAGCCCUGAAAGUCCCACAGCUUGAGCAGUAUCCCAGUUUCCCUCAAAACGCACAUCAGCAGCAGCAGCACUACACUGCAUCGGCACUACAGCAAGCACUGUUGUCCCCGACACCUCCCGACUACAGCCGACACCAGCAGGUACCGCACAUCCUCCAGGGACUGCUCUCUCCCCGGCACUCGCUCACGGGGCACACGGACAUGCGGCUGCCCCAAGCGGAAUUUGCACAGCUCAUCAAACGGCGGCAGCAGCAGCAGCAGCAGCAGCAAGAGUUUCAAGAAUUGUUCAGGCAUAUGAGUCAAGGGGAUGCUGGGAAUAUGGGCACCAGCAUGGGACAGAACCUCUCGGAGCGUCAGUCGCUAUCUUUGCCUUACCAGAGUGCUGACACAUACCACCCCCAAAACAGCCCCCAGCAUCUCUUAAAAAUCAGGGCGCAAGAAUGUAUCCAGCAGGUACCUGCGUCAGUGCCGCCGCAUGGAUACGUACACCAGCCGGCUCUGUUCCACUCGGAGAGCAUGGAGGAGGACUGUGCGUGUGAGGGUACCAGGGACAGCUUUCCAGACAGUAAGAGCCCAAAUACAUUGACCAAAGGUUGCCACGAUACCCCUCUGCUUGUAAACGCAGCAGGGCACGGGGACCCAGAAUCUUUGCUAGGAACUGCUAAUCACGCGCAGGAGCUGGGGACACAUCAGUACAGACAUCAGCCCGCUGCUGGAUUCAGUAGGAAUAAAGUGCCCAGCAGAGAAUCCAUCGUAGGGAACUGUAUGGACAGGAGUUCUCCUGGACAAGCGAUGCAGGUGCCUGACCACAACGGCCUGGGCUACCCUGCACGACCGGCGUCCAGCGAGCACCCGCGGCCCAGGACCCUGCAGAGACAUCACACCAUACAGAACAGUGAUGAUGCCUACGUGCAGCUAGAUAACUUGCCUGGAAUGAGUUUGAUGGCGGGAAAAGCACUAAGCUCUGCUCGGAUGUCGGACGCUGUCCUCAGCCAGUCGUCACUCAUGGCCAGUCAGCAGCUGCGUGACAGGGAGAGUGAGGAGUGCGGGGACGGUUUGGAAGGUCAAGAGCAUCCCAACCUGGGCGACGGCAACCAGCAUCUAAACACUUCUUGUUACCCAUCGACAUGUAUUACAGACGUCCUACUGAGCUACAAGCACCCGGAGGUGCCCUUCGGGAUGGAGCAGGCAGGGGUGUAACGAGGAGGGAGUUUUACGUACAGCUUUGAAAUGAAAAGGUCCAUUUUAAACCAACAGUAUCUAGCAGCAUUGCGCCAAAUUGCCGUAGUAUUUCUGACUAACUGGAAUACCAUGGCCCCUUUCCUCAUAAUCAGUUCAUCCAGUGUGUGUUCCUUUGGUUUCUUUCGUUUUUGCCAUAUUUGCCUGUAACUCCAGCUAUCACAGAGGUAACCAGAGAACCCGAGUCCUGCACGUCGGCGGAGGAUUCACGGAGCCCGAGCGCUGCGUCUGCUUCGGAGGGCUUUCCCCGUCCCGGGCCGGGCAGGCCCAGGGGGACGUGGGGCCGCCCUCGCCCUCCGCCCGUCUCCGCUCGAGGGCCCGGCAGCGGGUCGAGCGGACGGGACUGCCCUCCCGGAGCCCCCUCGGCGGGGAGGGCGAGGCGGGCGGGAGCUCUGUGCCGCGGCAGGGCCGGGGGGCCGGCCCGGAGCGAGCCGAGUGCGGCGGCCUCGGCGCAGAGCCGGCUCCGUGCCGUCCUUCCACCCUUUAACCCUUUGCACUGGGAAGGGCCCGGAGCGUGGGAGCAACGCGAGGAGCGGAGGCGGCAGCCUGCCCGGCCCUGCGGUGCGGCCCACGGCGCGUCCCGCCCCGGGGCUCCGGCAGGUGGGGAACACCCACCCCUGGUGCAAUACGCUUUUCGUCUCCUCUUCGUCUGCUUCUGUUCUUUAUUUCAUUUUGUUAUUGUGUAAAAGGAUCAUUUCUUCCCCCUGCCCCCCCCCACCCCGUUAACCUUUUCUUUUCAAAUCCAUGUACAACUUUUCUUUCUUUUCUUUUUUCCCAGCUUAAUGUAGGGAAGACAGAUUUUCUUUGUUUUCUUAGCUUUUCCUCCUGAUCACGUAGGAAUUGUUUUUUGGUAAAUGUUGUUUUAUUAUUAUUGUUAUUAAUAAAAGGCAAAAGGAAUUUCUGUUUGAGAGAAAUUUUUAACUAGAUUCUGUUCUAUAUGAAUUGUGACUUGCACCUUUUGUUCAAAGUAUUUUAUUUCUUUUAAUGACAUUGUAAUUGUGACUGGUUUUCUCUCUCGUGCCAGUGGCGAAAGUGGUAUUCUCCUUUAUACAGUUCCAACGUGCAUAGAUCUCCUCUUUGUUCUCCUUUGAAUUCUCUCCUUGACUGCUAGAAAGCAAAGCCCCCUCCAGCAGUCGGGGCCCGGGGAGUGUUCGGUGUCAUCAUUGCCUUGAACUUUACGAGCUACAACAGAAAAUCUUCACAUUGACACUUUUUUGGGAUAUUUUUUAAAAAGGAAAAAUCGAUCCAGCCCUCCUGAAUUUGCACAGAAGGAAGUGUGAAACCAGCAUGGCAAAGGUUAAUUUGCUACCGUUACCAAUGCCUCUUCCCCGUCCUCCCUCCUCCUCCCCUGCCCCCAAAGAAAAUAGUGCUACAUGGACCUGCGAUCCCCGAAAGCGGAAAGGAGGGAAGGUCUGCAGCUGACAGGCGCUAUCUCCCAGGUCAGCGUUUCUGCUGGAAGCCUAGUGUCGCGCGGGUUUUGUCGGUGUCUAGCUCUCGAGUUGCGUUUCUGAACCUUGUGAAAUAGGUGGCAUAUGUGUGCGGGUCGGGGGGGGGCGCGGGGAACCGGGCAGGGCUGCCGGACUGCAGCGGGAAGAUGCCGAGAAACACUGAAAGCCUUUUGCUCUGUACCUUUGAGUUGUUUUCCUUUUGUUUACAUGACACUGUAUUUCUGGGAGAGUUGACAGCCACCCUACAGCAAGCAUCCGAAAAAGCAGGGACUCGCUUAACCGUGCCAUUUCGCAGUAUCACACUUUUUUUAUCAUUGCUUUGUAUUGUAGUAAUCAAUACGCGCAGUAUAUGUUGAAUGUAUAUUAAUAUACUUUGCUAUUAUUUCUGUUUUUUGGAAAUGUCAGAAGUAUUUUUUUUCUCCCUCAUUUACGUUGGACUAAAGUUUCAGUAAAAAUCUUCAGUCCAUUUUUUUGUGGGUCACUUGCAACUAGUCAAUUAGUUGGACAGUGGGAUCAUGACAAAUAAAACCAUGAUUAUGAUCUGC